CGCGCAUGCGCACACGCGUACGGCUCAGUGUUGAGAAGGAAAAAGGGCGAGCAGAACUCAUCGGUCUGCCUAUGGCUGAACGAGCCACGGCGCUGUGAAACAUCACAACAAAGGGAGAGUUGGACUGUAAAUAAAACAAGUGGAAGCGACUGAGCAGGGGAAGCGACGCAUGACACUUCAUAUGAACGUUGUGGCUUGAGAGGAGGGCAGUAUGUUUACAUGAGGGCUCUUGAGACAGAGCUCUGACCGUUAAAAGAUUCGCAGAGUCGGGUUGCGUUGAUCGGUGAAGACAUUGCCGAAGAUGCUGAAGAGAUUGGCCGCGCCGGCGUCAUGCAGCAGCUGCCUUCUCGCCUUUCUCCUCGCUUUCGUCUCGCCCAGGUGUACGCUGUCUAUCGGUGCCGACAAAACUGUGGUGAACAAGGAGGAUUAUUAUAGCGCCACAGUCAACGCCACCGUUUUGGAUCAUAAAGGCAAUCCUCAACAGAUGGUGACGAAGAAUGACGGGCGGUACGGGCAGAAUUCCCCCAAAACAGAGGCGAAGGGGGUCGUGAUCGCACCUGCUACUGUUAAUGGGGUGGUGGAUUUGCAAGGCUGUCCACACUCCCGGUUUGUAGUCCCUCCAAAAACCACACACUGGGUGGCCAUUAUGCAGAGAGGGAAGUGCACCUUCAAGGAGAAGAUCCUUAACGCAGCUGCUUUUAAUGCCUCGGCUGUCAUUAUCUACAAUAACAGCACCAAAGAAGACACAGUCACGAUGGCUCAUGAAGGCACUGGAGACAUAGUGGCAGUAAUGAUCACUGAGUCCUUUGGAAAGGAGAUUCUAAGUUUCCUGGAGAAGAACCAGACUGUGUUGGUUUCAGUGAUGGUGGGGUCACGAGGACCGCCCAAGAACAUCAACCGCGGCUCCUUGGUGUUCGUCUCCAUCUCCUUUAUCGUACUGAUGAUUAUCUCCUCUGCUUGGCUGAUCUUCUACUUCAUCCAGAAGAUCAGAGACACCAGUGCACGGGACCGCAGUCAGCGACGGCUGGGCAAUGCUGCCAAGAAGGCCAUUAGCAAGCUGACUACCAGGACAGUAAAAAGAGGGGACAAGGAAACAGAGCCAGAUUUUAAUCAUUGUGCUGUGUGCAUUGAAGGUUAUCAGCUAAAUGAUGUGGUUCGCAUCCUACCUUGCAAGCACGUCUUCCAUAAAAUGUGUGUGGAUCCGUGGCUAAAUGAGCACUGCACCUGUCCUAUGUGUAAACUCAACAUCCUCAAAGCUCUGGGAGUUAUGCCCAACCUGCCCUGUGUGGACAACAUGGCUUUUGACAUGGAUCGGAUGUCCCGCAGUCAGACUUCCAGCCAGAGGACAGCGCUGGUGGACUUGUCCUCUGAGACCAGCAUUAGUCUAGAGCCCCUACGUCACUCCAGUUCUUCCCAGCUUCCCUCCGACGAAGAGCUCAUUCCUCGCUCUGGAGAGAUCAACAUUGCUGUCACUAGCAGUCAUUUCUUCAACCGUAAUUCUGUGUCUCCGCGCAGCGUAGUCUGUGAGAUGGAGCUUCCAGACAUCCAGGCGUCCCUGGACAUGUACGACGACAACAAAUCGUGAGGACACGCACCUCCUCCACCUCCAACCCAUUCCUCCAUCAUCCUCUCCCUGAGCCCAGACUGCGGGGAACAACCUUUAUGAGUGUGAAAUGGAGCAUUGACAGUGAGCACACUGACUCUGGCGAUAAACUCUACCACUGUACAAUGAUCGGUCGCUUCAAGUGGAUGUGAUUGGACUGUUGCACCAUCAUCAGCCUCCUUACACUUUUAGACUUGCUUUUUGAAAGACUAUCUUUUCACAGAUGGCUGUGGGAAGUACCUCUUAGUUCAUUUCUCUGGUCUCCUCGGUUAGCCACAAGUGUUGUGUCAACUGUUUUCUCGUGUAUGUCUUUUUAAGUUCCCAUGAUUAAUAUUGUUCCAAAUGGGAAAAACUCUCUCGUGGACAGUCAUAAAAGCAGGAUUGA